AUGGCAUCUGGAGCUCCCCGCGUCGACGACGCCUUGCAAUACUUGAUCGACCGUGGCGAAAGCAAGGACUACAUCACCACUUUUCUUGUUAACGUGCUCUUCAUUACCGCCGCAAACACCUAUCAAGAAGCCAGUCGCAUGUGGGUCGCCUUUCACAUGGGUCGCUACAACGACACAUUGGAGCGCAUUCCUAUUCCCGGAACGGCCGAGGUUAUUCAGCCAUGA